AUGACAACUGUAGGAAACCAGCGUGUAAUGGUCUCGGUGCGCGUGAGGCCGAUGCUGCGCGAGGGUGCUAUAAAUCAUCAGCAGGAAAAGUUCGAGCUGCAGGGCGUGCACCGCACCGGCGAUACCACUCUCAAAGUAGAAGUGACGAAGCAAGGCGAGCCGACAAAGAGCAGUGCCUUCUCCUUUGACUACAUUUUCGAUCAGGAGAGCACACAGCUCGAGGUGUACGAGGAUGCCGUAGUGGACAUGGUGGACGGCGCGCUCGUCGGCGUGAAUGCCACCCUCUUGGCCUAUGGGCAGACUGGAUCCGGCAAGACUUUCACCGUGCUGGGCGAUGUGAAGCCGAAUCCGCUUGAAAACGACCUACUCACAACGGACAGUGGCAUGUUCCUGCGUGUCCUGAGCGACUUGAUGGAUUACAAGAUCCGGCAAGCCAAGAAGGGUUGGCACGUGGUGGUGGGUUUAAGCUGCAUCGAAAUUUACAAUGAGAACAUCCGCGACCUUUUCGGCGGCAAGCCUGGCUCGGCACCGCCACCACUGAAGGCGGUCAUGACUGGCGAGGAUGUUCAUCUACCGUCUCUCAUCAUCAAGGAAAUGAUGACUUUGCAGGCGGUUUUCAGCGAGAUUCAGCUGGCCAUCUCGCGCCGCAUGAGCCGUGCGACAGACUCCAACUCGCAGUCGAGCCGCAGCCACUGCCUCUUUUCCAUUGAUAUCCUACAGCAGGCAGACUCGGCGGCCGCGCCGUCGCUGAGUAUUCUUGAUCAAUCGAGGAAAGGCAACGACACGAAGAAGACUCUGGGGUCAGACAAGAAAGGAGCAUCGGCAGCCUCAAGGAAGGCCGGCAGCCCGACCUCUGCUGCGGAGCCGCAGAUGGCAGCGUGGGAGAUGCCGUUCCAGGGUACAGUUUACCGCAUCCCCGGGCAGAAGGAGCCCGUCUACGCCAGCAAGAUCAUCCUUGCCGAUCUCGCCGGUAGCGAGCGCAUUUUCCGCAGUGGUGUAACCGGCGAUGGCUUGGCAGAGGCCACAGCCAUCAAUAGCAGCCUGACGGCACUGGGCAACGUGGUGCACAGCCUGCACAAGGGUGGAUUUGUCAGCUACCGCGUCUCAAACCUUACCCGGCUUCUCAAGCCGACCUUUUCCCAUCCCAGCUCGCGUGUGCUGCUCUUGGCACAGUGCUCUCCCACGCAGAUGUCGUACGAUGAGACGGUCAGCACACUGCACUUUGCUAACAAGGUCAAGGACAUGAAGGUGACAACGUCCACCGGCGCCGAGGCGGAGAAGCUGCAGUUUGACUUUCUGGAGUCUGGUAAGAUGUGCGACGCGAUAUUGGCAGAUCUACACAUCUUCGCUGUGGAGGCACAGGCGAAGGCCGGCAUUAUUCGCCGCAAGGUGAUGCAGCAAAACAAGCUCUACUAUGACGUGUUAGCGAGCAAGAACGGCAAGACGGCCAAGGUAACGAUGAGGGACCGCCGCUUUUCGGUCGACACGAUGGGCGCGGUGGCUGCAGCGCAGGAGGAGCGCGCGGAGCUGCUGGCCCGUCUGGAGAAAGAGAGGGCGGAGGAGGAUGCAACACGGCAACAGAUGGUGAAUGAGUGUUGUGAUGAGUUUGUCAAGGAGUACAUGGACGAGGUGAGGGAGACGAAGGAGGCAAUUGAAGAGCAGGUGAACCUGCGUGUACACCACAAGUCGCAGCAGAUGUUACUUGAAUCGGCGGCCUGUGGUAGAAGGAUCAUGGAGGAGGAGGCGGAGGGGUGGGCCUCGUUAAUGUUGCUGUACCUGCAGGAGCACAACUCGCUCUGCAGUAAGGAGUUGGAAACCACAUCUAAACUUCUUGAGGAGGUGGCCCAAAACGUCUACAAGCUGGGCUUGUCUGGUGUCACGCCCGAAGAAGCCGAGGCUGACCGCGCCUACGCCCUCUCCGCGUGGUAUCACUGCGCGGCGAAGCGCUUUUUUUCCUUAUGCAUGGAGUUGUAUGAGGACUACGUAAUUUUACUGAGCACUUCCCGUGGCAAUGCGAUGCUGGAGAGGUGGAAGAAGAAGAACCACUCGCUGCUGCAGAAGUUCCAAGAGGAGAGCUCGGCGUAA